AUGAGUUUAAUCAGUUUAUGACAUGAUUAACCUACAUCUCUGAACUCUAGAAGAGUCAAAAAAGCGAGAGAAGAGAGAAGACGCGAGUGGCAUCUGAAAAAAUAAUGGCGCCUGUUGGAGGCACAAGCGCCGUUGGCUUCGGUGGCGCCAUUUUGGUGUGCGUAGCUUUUGCCUACUUCAUCUCCGACCGUCGUUGGAAGAAGAAGAAACCGAUUACGAAGAAAACCAGAGGAGGAGUGGUUGAUGCCAUUGGCAACACUCCUUUGAUUCGAAUCAACAGCCUCUCCGAUGCUACUAACUGCCAUAUUCUUGCCAAGUGCGAGUUCCUUAACCCUGGUGGCAGCGUCAAAGAUCGUGUUGCUCUUCAAAUUAUCCAAGAGGCCUUGGAAUCUGGUCAGCUAAGUCCAGGUGGAAUAAUCACUGAAGGGAGUGCUGGUAGCACUGCCAUUAGCAUCGCCACGGUUGCUCCUGCAUUUGGAUGCCAAUGCCACGUUGUUAUACCCGAUGAUGCUGCCAUUGAGAAGUCUCAAAUAAUUGAAGCCCUUGGGGCAACUGUUGAAAGAGUAAGACCAGUGUCAAUUACUCACAAAGAUCAUUUUGUCAAUAUUGCAAGGAGAAGGGCAUCUGAAGCAAAUGAGUUCGCAUCAAAGCUCAGAAAUUCACAAUUGAAUGGCAAGGACACAGACCAGAUAAACGGUCACAAAUCCAAUGGUUAUGAUCACAGUUCACUCUUUCCUACUGAUUGUAAAGGUGGAUUUUUUGCGGAUCAGUUUGAGAAUUUGGCGAACUUCAGAGCCCAUUAUGAGGGUACAGGGCCUGAGAUUUGGGAACAAACCAAUGGAAAUUUGGAUGCAUUUGUUGCAGCAGCAGGCACUGGUGGCACUGUGGCUGGUAUUAGCAGUUUUCUUCAGGAAAAGAAUCCAGGGAUCAAGUGCUUCCUUAUAGAUCCUCCUGGUUCCGGUUUGUAUAACAAGGUAACAAGGGGAGUUAUGUAUACAAAAGAGGAGGCAGAAGGACGAAGACUUAAGAAUCCAUUUGACACCAUAACAGAAGGAAUCGGAAUUAACAGGAUAACAAGGAAUUUUGCAAAGGCAAAGCUUGAUGGCGCUUUUCGAGGCACAGAUCUUGAGGCUGUUGAAAUGGCUAGGUUCCUCUUGAAGAAUGAUGGGCUCUUCUUAGGAAGCUCUUCAGCAAUGAAUUGUGUAGGAGCAGUUAGAGUAGCGCAGGCAUUGGGCCCUGGUCACACAAUUGUGACAAUCCUCUGUGACAGUGGAAUGCGACACCUGAGCAAGUUCCACAACGACGAAUACUUGUCUCAGCUCGGAUUGAUGCCACAAGCAACUGGAUUGGAGUUCUUGGGCAUCAAAUGAGAAGAGUCGAGAGAUCUCUUGUUUUGAAGUUUAAAUGCACUAGCAGCUAUACUAUCGGCACCCCAGUUUCUAGUGAUCUUUCGGUUUCAGCUGAGUGGCUAGUUAGAUGUUUGAAGAAGGUUGAGUGCAAGAUCAGAGUAUAUUUCAUCUCUCAGAGGAUUUUGACAUGGACAAGGACGGGUAGUUACAUUCCACAAUCAUAUUGAGGGCGUUAUAUUUGAUUGAUAUAUCAUUUAGAAUGUUGUACGGUUCAUUCUUUGUUAGACUAAUUUAUUUAGUCAAUUAGUUUAGUGAAAUGCACGUUGACCGAUUCUUAGUUGACAAAAUACAAAUUCUCUUUGGGAAGAAUUUCUUGAUAAGAGA